AUAGUCGCAACUUUGAUAGCUGGAAAGGAAAUCGAAGACAUGACAGAUACAAACAUAGCUGGAAAGGAAAUUGAAGACAUGCUAAUCAACCCUCUGGAACUUAUUUAUAGCAAUGAGGAUCCUGCUACUUAUUUGCAGUGCAAUGGAUCCAGAACAACUCCUGAUUUACUCUUGGCUUCAAGCGACAUCACGACAUCAGUGAGCAUACACGCCGUAUUUCCUCUUGGCUUCAAGCGACAUCAGCGAGCAUACACGCCGCACGACGAUCCUGGUUCUGGUCACAAACCAGUCAUUGCUAGUGAAGCGACAUCAUAUUACCAUCGGUUGCAAAAGCAUGAGCUGGUCAAUAGCCACGUCAUUGCUAGUAUUACCAUCGGCAGCAAAAGCAUAUCAAAGGCGCAAAAUAAAGACGAUCCUGGUUCUGGUCACAAACCAGUCAUUGCUAGUGAAGCGACAUCAGUGAGCAUUUUCCUCUUGGCUUCAAGCGACAUCAGUGAGCAUACUCGCGACUUGCUCCUGGCUUCAAGCGACAUCAGUGAGCAUACACGCCGUAUUUCCUCUUGGCUUCAAGCGACAUCAGCGAGCAUACACGCCGCACUAAUUGACGAUCCUGGUUAUGGUCCAAUAGCCACACCUUGCGAGCUUAGCGCUACGAUAAAACAGCUAAAGUGCAAAAAGUCUCCUGGUGAAGCUGGUAUUCAUCCUGAAUUUCUAAUUAGAAUGGGGCCAAAAGCCAAGGAAACCAUGCUAACGAAAAAAUCUAGGAGACCAGUCUCGUACCUAACCAAUGGAAAGUUGCCAUAG